GGGACAAGGGGUAUUCUAGUAAUUUGGUAAAACUGAGGUUAGGGUUUAGGCCCAUGUAUAAAUUAUGUCACCCACCCACCGCUCCACCACUCUAGCGAUUUCAUCUGCAGCGCUGCCGUCACUCCGCCAUCAGCAGGUUAGCAGCUUCGGAAGUCGGUAUCUGGAAGAAAAAUGUCGGGUGAGGAUGCUGUUAUCGCUGAGGCUCCAGCUCCUGUUCCAGCUCCAGCUCUUGGGGAACCUAUGGAUAUCAUGACUGCUUUGCAGCUGGUUCUGAGGAAGUCGAGAGCCCACAGUGGUCUUUCUCGGGGGCUCCAUGAAGCUGCCAAGGUCAUCGAGAAGCAUGCUGCUCAGCUUUGUGUCUUGGCAGAGGACUGCGACCAAGCAGAUUAUGUCAAAUUGGUGAAAGCACUUUGUGCUGAUCAUAAUGUUAGCUUGAUAACUGUACCUAGUGCCAAAACUCUUGGCGAGUGGGCUGGAUUAUGCAAGAUCGACUCUGAAGGAAAAGCAAGGAAGGUGGUGGGUUGUGCAUGUGUUGUUGUGAAGGAUUACGGUGAAGAAAGCGAGGGUCUGCAUAUUGUCCAGGAAUAUGUGAAAUCACAUUAAACGGUUUUUAGGAUGUUGAACCCUCAGACAUGAAGAGCUUUUGUGAUUGUGAUUCUAGGUUUCUAGUGUACUAGUUUCAUUCAUCAUCUAAAAAGUCACUGAGGCACUUGAGUUUUGGGAUAUCUGUUGAUGCUGGUCCAAGUUUGACCUAUUUGGUGCCUCAUAGUCUACAGAGAUUGAAUCAUUACUUUAUAUCCCCAGUUGUUUAUGCAAGUUCUCUUCAAUCUUUACCUA